UUUUUUUUAAGGUUGCUGGGAGACCACUGCCAACAAAUCCGAACUGAAAGAUGUCGACUAGUUUCUCUGCAAACCAGUAUGAAAAUGCCUUCAAUUCGCAAAAACUACAGAACUGGACCGUCCCAAAACAUUUUAAAGAGAGACCAUCGGCUGCAGAGGGGUACACUACAUUUAUAGCCACAGACCGUGGCCACCUUCUACCUGGUGUGAGAACAAAGCAUGGAAGUGCAUGGCCGUCAUUCCAGGGCACAUGGGAUUUACCACGACGCAUCCCUCCUGUUCAUAUAAACCCCACUGCCCGCUCACAGGGGGGCCAGGAUCGCCUCAGGACCUGGGGAUGGACAAAAUCAGCUACAAUCCAGGCUCAUGAGGCCCCCGCUGGCAGCCAGGCAUCAAACAGAACCUUUCAAAAUGUGGAAAACAUAUAUGAGGACCAACCUGCUGAGGAAUCAAAAAUGUAUGCGAGUAACCCAGACCAAAAUGAAUCCGAGGUGGUCACAGAAAAGCCCAAUUUUCAGCAUAACCAAGCCGAGUCUAGAACAACAAGCUCAACUGGUCAACAAGCCCAGUUAAAACCAGUAAACCUAGCUCAGUCCAACCAGCCACUCAGCACAGCCAAGCUGAGUUAAGACCACCAACCAGGAACAGCAGACCAGCAUCUCCGCAAGCACCUGUCAACCAAUAAUCAGAUCCACAGCAAUGAAAAGUCAUUAAAAUUAUUCCAUGAUUUAGCAUUACAUAUUGCUUUGAUAAUGUUUUCAAAAACAGUUUUACUUUACAGAAAUUUCUGUUUUAUAAUGUGUUCAGCUUUCCCAUUCUCUGUUUGUGCAUAACAAAAACAAUGUGUGUGCACUGGAACACAUUAACUGAAUUGAUUCAAUGAAGCUUAAAGCUGAUUAGUUUCACUAAAUGGCUUUUGUAAUGGAAUCAACUUAGAUUAAAUGCUGCCUGAAUGCAGGGUCAAGUAUCACACAAAAUUAUACAAUUCAUUUUCAAAAUCCGCUGUUAUCUGUAUAACAUUAAUAUCCUUAAAAUGAUUGUGACAUCAGAGAUUUUCAAUAGUUUUGUCUUUAUUUGCUCAAUAAAUGCACUGACACACCUGCAGUCCCACUAAAACACAGCUUCAGCUUGAUUCACUAGUCAUCGGUUCAUAUUUUUGGUGCUUGGAAGCAAAUUAGUCAUUUUAAACACCAGCAGACACUAAGUUUGGAACUGGAGGCUCCAAAACCACUCUCUGUUGAUAAACUUACAAUCAAAAAUGUACAUGGUCAGGUCACAAUGUUGUCUGUCUACAAUAUGAUUAUUCACAUGAUAACUGAAAAAUUGUACUUGCAUCCUAUCUCUGGCAUGCUUCAACCUUUGAGUCAAUUAGGGGUGACCUUUGGAAACAUCUUUUUUUUUUAUACAGUAAAAAAAACAAACAGUCAUCAAUCAUGGUCCAAAUAAUACACAUUCAAAGCAAUAUAUUGCAAUAUAAACAUAAAAAGAUAAACAUAACUUAUUUUUUUAUUUUUUUUGUUUUACCCAGCGAAUAACUAAAUAGCAAAUGUUGGGUCCACUAGCCAAAGACCUCUACCAAAUACCUGAUAUAAAACCAUGUACUUUAUUAAAUAUAUACUGUAUGAGUCUUGCAAAUGUGUCAAGAGGAGAGAGAAUUCUCUGCCACAUGCAAGCAUAUUUUGGAUAGUCUUAAAUGAAAUUUUAUUUUAAACAUAAUAAUGGUAAAUAAAAUGUUCAUCACAUUGUUAUACCUAUUUUAGUUUUAUCCCAAGGGCAUAAAGAUAAAGUGAGGCUCACUGAACAAACCUUUCCUACAUUGUCCAAACAGUGUAUUUAAAGUGACAUUAAAAAAGUUAGAGGACCUGCUUUUGUGAAAAUUUUAUUUCCAAAGAAAUCUUUUCACAUACAAAUUUGCCAAGGUAGGGUUGUCAUCCAAGUUAUUUUUGACUUCCUAUAUUUGCUCACUAACCAUGACCUGUUUACCCAUUACCUGUUUGAUUCCCAUAAAUUCUUAAAAUAUCUACUAAUUAUUUACACUAAAGUUACACUUUCAACCUUACCCAUCAAAUAUAUUCAAGUUUUUUCCAUCUUAUAUGUGUAUCCCAAUGAUUGUCUACAACCAAAAUUACAUCACACAAUACCUAAAAUAACCAAACCCUUUUACAAUGUAUCCUAAAAGUAUUAUUAGAUGUCUGCAGCUAAAAGAAAUACAAAUAAACCAGUGUUCACUAUAUCAAAGAUUACACUUUCUUAUUUCUAAAUAAGGCCAAAAUUAGACCACAGUGAUACAAGUCUGCUCAAGCACUAGAUCACAAAGCUUUGUGGAUUAGAGAUUAAAAAGAAGAGAAAAAUACAUGUGAAAUAAGCAUUGAACUCUAGUAUUAAUCAUGUAUUAAUUACCAUAGUGAGCAGUAAUCAUUUUUAACUAAGUUAUGGCCAUUGUUGGGUGUAAUAGGUUACAAAGAAAUCAGUUACUGUACUAUAAUUUCUAUUUUAGUCAAAAAGUAGUAUAACCCAUUACAUUUUAAAUUCUUCUAAUCAGAUUACAGUUACUGAUUUUGGAUUAAUUUAAAUGACUAUUAAGGAAAUUACUAGGGUUAAUUCAUGUAAAAAUACACUUAAAUUAAUUAUGUUAAUGUAUUUGUCUACAGGUGAAACUCGAAAAAUUAGAAUAUCGUGCAAAAGUUCAUUA